GCCUUCAAUCGCAAUUUGGGGCUUUCAACUUUCCAGCUUGAAAAUGCCGCGUUAUGAUGAUCGGUAUGCCAAUACACGUUUGUAUGUUGGUCAUUUGGCAUCUCGCACGCGUUCACGAGAUCUUGAAUACCUCUUCAGCAAAUAUGGAAGGUUUCUGGGCUUAUGCCUAACCUGGAGGCCUAUGGUGAGAGGGUUGCCAUGGUGGAAUUGGUGGAAAUUCUUGCCGAGUUAUAGGAGACUUUGGCGAUACUUUCUAUUAUGUUAUUGCGUGUUUUUAUGGAAUUGGCAACAAUCUCAAACUGGUGUUUAGUUCGUCUAUGAGGGGUGAAGUAUCAUACACUUGCAGUACUUAAGUAAUGUUGGCCUUACUGUUUGUGGCAACCGUUUCGCAGAGUACGAGAUGUGGAUAUGAAGCGUGACUACGCAUUUGUUGAAUUUAGCGAUCCUCGAGAUGCUGAUGAUGCAAGAUAUCACUUGGAUGGUAAGGAUUUUGAUGGAAGCCGUAUCAUUGUGGAAUUUGCAAAAGGGGUACCACGUGGUUCUCGAGAAUAUUUGGGCAGAGGUCCUCCCCCUGGUUCUGGACGUUGCUUUAAUUGUGGCAUAGAUGGCCAUUGGGCUCGAGAUUGCAAAGCUGGAGACUGGAAGAACAAGUGUUAUCGGUGUGGAGAAAGAGGUCAUAUAGAGAGAAACUGCAAAAACAGUCCCAAGAAGCUGAGGCGUGGACGGAGUUAUUCCCGAUCACCAGCUAGAUCACAUUCUCCUCGCCGUGGCAGAAGCCGUAGCCCAAGUUACAGCAGAGGUCGAAGUUACAGCCGAUCAAGAUCUCCUGCACCAAAGAGAGAGCGGAGUAUUGAGAAUGAGGACAGGUCCCCAAGCCAGGAGCUCAAGAAUGGUCUUCCUGCCAAGAGUAGGAAGCGCAGCCCAACACCUGAUGAAGGCAGCCCCCGUGUUUCUCCCAAAUCUCGAAAGCUGGAUGACCAGCAAGAGAGAUCAGAUUAUAGUGGAAGCCCAAGGAGGAGGAGCAGGAGCAGAAGCAGAAGCCCUGAAAGACAGAGCCCUGGGGAUGGAAGGUAUGGAAGUCCAGCUCAAACUAAUGGCCGCAGCCGGAGUCCAAGCCCUAGGGAUGACAGGAGCCCUGUUGAUGAUGAUUAUGAGGACAACCGCCGCUCCCCAAGAGGCAGUGAGUCGCCCUAGAAGUGUGGCCCAAUGGAACUGGAAGUGCUCCAGUCGCACAACCAUGUCAUCUGCUAGACCUUGUGUUUUUCUGUUCUAUUUAAACAGUAGUAAAUCAUUUGAUAUGCUUUGGAAGUAGGGAAGUAUAUUUAAAAGCUUUUGACCUGGAUUGAGGAAGUAUAUUUUGAAUUUUCUGGUAUUGGGAGCUAUAGUUAAUUUGGUA